AUGGCCACCGACUACAGCAAGAAGACCAACGCCGAGUUGGUCGAGAUCCUUAAGACUCGUUCUCUCCCACACACUGGAAAGAAGGCCGACAUGGUUUCGCGCCUCCAGGAAGAUGAUGAGAGCAAGCCAUCCGACGCUCCUGCCGCAGCUCCUGCCGCAGCCAAGACUGACGCGCCCGAGGACGUCAUUGACUGGGACGACGAACCUGCAGAGACGGUUAUCGAGCCAUCCACAGAAACCGGCGCAGCUGCGAUUGCCGCUGGUGGCCAGGGCGCAGUUUCCAACCCCGUUGCUGUCCCCAACCAGCAGCUCGACGAAAAUCCCGCUACCACCGACGACUUGAAGGUCGAGGCGACCGGCGCCGUUGCUGAACCAGCCACUCAGCCCGAAGCCACGGUCGAACAGAAGCCUGCCGUCGAUUACACACGAGGACUGCCCCAGACCGAUUUGGAGGCAGAGCUGGAGAAGCGCAAGGCUCGCGCGCAGAAGUUUGGCAUUGUUGAGGAUGACGACACAGCAUUGAAGGAGGCUACAAAGCAGCUGGAACGCGCUAAGCGGUUCGGUACGGGUGCCGAAGCUGAUACUACUCCAGCUGCGGGUUUAAGCCGUCUCGACCAGGCACUUCCUGAUGAGCGCUCCCGCAAGAGACGUAACGAAAACCGCAGCGACAACCGCAACGAGCAGGGUGGCCGUGGGGGAAAGAGACGUGAUACUGGACGCAACCGAAAUCGUCAACGUGGGGAUGGAAACCGCAACCGCGACCGUGGCGACCGCGGUGACCGCGCUGACCGCGCUGAUGGUGGUAACAGGACCAAUGCCGGCGUAAAGAAGCCUAAUGCCGGUGCGAACACUGCGCAGAAGUCAUGGAGUGAGAAGGAUAAUGCGGCCAUGGAGGCUCGCAAGAAGCGAUUUGCAGCAGCUGCUUGA